CGACAGCAUCAAAGUGAUCAACUUCAUCAAGUCAAGUCCACUUAAUGCACGUUUGUUCCGCCGCCUCUGUGAAAACAUGGGAGCUGAACGCACGCAACUCCUCCUGCAUACAGAAGUGCGCUGGCUCUCUCGAGGGAAGAUACUCAACAGGCUGUUGGAGUUACGAGCCGAAGUGCACACCUUUCUGACAGAGCACGGAUCUCCCCAUGCCACCUUGUUCGAGAACAUGGACUGGCUUGCAAAGCUUUGCCAUCUGGCAGAUAUAUUCAGCAAACUGAACGAACUGAAUGUGUCUCUGCAGGGCAAGGACACCAGCAUCCUGAACCUGUAUGACAAGGUGGAUGCUUUUCUCUCCAAUGAAGAUGUGGAGACAGCUCCAGUGAAGUUAGUCAUAGUGGGACAUUUGGCUAACUUGAUAAAGGGCUUUCAUUGCUACUUUGCUGACAUGGGGGAGAAAUCUGCACAGCUGGAUUGGGUGAGAAACCCAUUUCUCUUGUCUGAAGCAAAGAGAAGCAAGCUUCCUGCCACUCAUCAGGAAAAACUGAUGGAAGUGGCAUCAGACCGUGGCCUGCAGAUGAAGUUUGGCGCAUCCACUCUCACACAGUUUUGGGUGUGUGUGUGAGGCAGGAGCACCCUGAGCUGGGACAGAAAGCUUUGGAGCAGCUGCUGCCCUUUGCCUCCACAUAUUUAUGUGAGAUCUCCUUCUCUGCAAUGACUGUGAU